AUGUUCCUGAGAAAUUUGAGUUUACCCAGGAUAAUUGUUAGGUUAUAUUCAGGUAGUAAAAAAAGUCCACCUAAAUUGAAACAUUCCAAAAAUUCUACUCUUCGAAAGAGUUCUAUACUACGAAAAGGUUCCACUUUGAAGAAAAAAAAGAGUAAUAAUAAUAAGAAGAAGAAGAAUGGUGAACUUGAAUCAAAUAAUCAUUUCCACACGUACGGUGUUUAUGGUGGUUUAAAAAAAUGGGAAAAUAUUAAAUCUCCACCAUCAAUUUUAAAUAAAAUUACUCAAUUUAAGGAAUUGAAAAUACUACCUACGGUUGCUGAAGUAAGUGAAGAAAUUAUAAGGCAAGAAUCGAUAGUAAAAGAUAUUGAUAAUCCCAAAGUGUUUGAAGUUAAACCUUCACCAAUUCAAAUCUUGGCAAUUAAAGAAUUGAGUUCAUCUUUAAUGGAUAAAAAACUCCAUACAUAUGCUUUAGCAGCAGAAACAGGUUCAGGUAAAACAUUGGCGUAUUUAAUGCCAUUAUUUGAUUUUUUGAAAAGAUGUGAAAUUGAAAUUGAAAAUGAAACUACCAUUAAGAACGUUCCUGGUAUCAAAUCCGUGAUAUUAGUUCCGACUCAUGAAUUAGCAUCUCAAGUUUAUGAUACUGUUAUUAAAGGUUCUGGACCCUUAGGAUUAAGUAUUUUCAAAUGGGAUGGUAAUCAAUUGAGUUAUGAUGAAUUAGCUGCAAAAUUCCAAGAAAGAAUAGAUAUAUUAAUAACCACACCAAGUAAAUUAGAUAGUCUCUCCAGGAUACGGAAAAUUCAUAGACCUGAUAAAUUAAUUAAUCAAAUUGAAUUUUUAAUUGUAGAUGAAGCAGAUACUUUAUUUGAUAAAUCUUGGAUUGAUAUUACUUAUAAAUGUCUUAUUAGUAUGAAAAAUUUAAGACAAUUAGUUUUCACAUCAGCAACAAUUCCAUUUGAAUUUAACAAGACUCUAACAAAAAUUUUCCCCGAUUUAAACAUCAUUACUACCCCUAGAUUACAUAAAUUACCAAGCUCUAUUAUCAUUAAAUUAAUUGAUUCCUCAUUAAAGCCAUUUAGUGGUUCCAAGAUUAAAACUAUAGCUCAAAUUUUAUUUGCUAUUAGUAGUGAUAAUACAGAACCAGGUUAUGAAAAAAGAUGUAUUGUAUUUGUAAAUGAAAAUAGAGAUAUACCUAAACUUGUAGAUGAACUUAAGGAAAGAUUUAAAUAUAAUAUUAUUGGGUUGACAGGUAAUGAUUCUAUUGAAGAGAGAUUAAUUAAGAUUAAAGAUUUUAUAGAGCCACCUAAACGGAUUACAGAAGAAGCUAUCGCAAACACUGAUACUUAUGAUGGAAUUAAUAGUUUAAGAAGUGUUAAACCUUUAAAAGUUUUAGUCACAUCUGAUUUGCUAGCUAGGGGGAUCAACUUCAAAGGUGUUAAAAAUGUUAUAUUAUAUGAUAUACCUAAAACCAGUGUUGAUGUGAUUCAUCGUAUUGGGAGAACCGGUAGAAUGAAACAACGUGGACGUGUGUUUAUGAUAAUUGAUAAUAAGACUAAAUCUUGGGCUAAAGCUCUACCGAAAGUAAUUCGUAAAAAUAUCACUUUGGGAUAA